UCCCGCAAAAUAUAUUUAAGGUGAAGGACAGUCUCUAUUUCCGCUUCCGCAUUAUGCGCUGAAGCACUUGCAAAAGAUGGCAGCCUCCUUGCUUCGAAGAGAAGCCGGGGUCUUGGGCCAAUAUAUGCUACGAUUUGAAACGGGAAAAAAUAUUGCAAGAGGAGGCAAGCAGCUCGUGUGCCGUGUCCAGCUCCUGGUCAGACACAAGUAUGGGGGCCAGAGUGUCCGUUCCCUGGCAACCUCCCCAGCCACAUCAGACAAGGCAGUUACAGUACAACCAACCUUGGAAGUCCCGGAACAAGAGGCCCUGUACAGGGAGCGCUACAUCCCCAUCACCCGGCGCUCCGUCAUUCGGCAUCUGAUGCAGGAGGAAGACUUUCUCACUGAUGAGGAGAAAAAGAAGUUUGAUGAUUUCGCUCUGGCUCUUGAUUCUGCCAUCGUCAACAAGUACCAUGGCAUACUCCAGGAGCUCAAGCGCAUAUUUGACCCCUUGAACCCUGACAAGGAUACCAUCGCGACACGCGAGUGGACGCGGCGGGAGCGGCUGGACAACGAGUUCUGGCUGCUGCAGCAGAUGGAGGACAUCAUGGAAAAAGCCAACUUCCACGAGCUGCCCCGCGCCACCGUCAGCCGCGCCCUGGAGGAACAUGAGGCCAGGGAAGGAGUACGGGUGAGUGUGGAUCCCAACAAGUACGAUAUUUUGCGGUUCUGGGCUCUAGGCCGUGAGAGGCCAGUGCACGGUCCCUCCAUCUGGGAGCGCCUGGUGAGCAGAGCGACCAGGAAGCCGAUACCCCAGCCUAUAGAGUACUACAAGCGGGUCGUGCUGGCCAUCAGGCUGAAGAAGGACUCGAAACUCAUGCUUAAAGCUUUUAAAGAAGUGCCCAUCAAUUCAUUAGAGAUGCUUCUACCAGAUGGCACAAUCAAGAUGAGUACUUUUGACAAGGGUUUGUUGUCGUCGUCUGUUUUCCUAGCGUCUGUGGGUGUUGUGGCCAAAGUUGUGACUGUUUUAGCGGAAAUGAAAAUUGACUGGACCUUGAUAGUGACAGCCAUUACUGGAGUGGUGGGAAUCAGGGCGUGGACAGUGUACAAGAACAGACGGAACAGCUACCUCGUGGACGUGUCACGGAUGCUGUACUUCAAGAAUAUCGCCAACAACAGGGGCUUGUUGACAUUGCUGGUGGAUCGGGCAGAAGAUGAAAGCUUCAAGGAAGCCUUGCUGACAUACAGCUUCCUGCUGACGACUCGACCACCAUCUGUGAAAGCCAAGCCAAGCAGUCAGCAUAAUCCUUCAGAACUCGGUGGAAUAACAGACAUUCAGGUUGAGAAAAUGGCAGAGGAUUUCAUCAGGAAAAAGACUGGUGUGAAGAUUGAGUUUGACUCCUCAGAGGCGGUGAAAUUGUUGAAGGGUUUCGGACUCCUCAGUGAGAAGGGAGACAAGCUGAACGUGCUGUCACUGGAGGCGGCGAUGCGGAACCUCCCCCAACAGCCGCAGUCCGUGAUCGCCCGCAGGGAGGAGGCGGACAUCACCGAGGGGUAUGACCGGGACGAGUACCUCGAGACAGAGGAGGAAUACAAGGACGAGGAGAGGAAGACCAAGAAAUAUGGCUGGUUCUAGUCGACACCAACAACUUAGGAAAAAUAAUAUAUGAAAAUGAAUGUAGGUUGGAAAUCUCCAUCAGUGUUUUGUUGAGUUCGAUGUUGAUCAGAGGGUCCUAUUUGACAAAUGAUUUAGGAGGAACAUUUUAGAAUAAUUAGAAUUCAUAUCACGUAAUAUCUGGGUAUAAUUUUGGUUAUUUGGAAUACACUGAAUAGCAGAGUAUGACAGUAAUUGUUUUUUGUUGAGGACUUCCUGUUCAGUUGUAAAAAUAAAUUCAGUGUAUAGGUGCUUGGGAAAGUGAUUUCUAAAUUGUAGGAUAUCCAGAAAGUGAAUGAAUUCAUUUUGAAGUUGUUUUUAUUGGAGAUCUUCAUCCUGCUUUUGUGAACGUGAAUGUUGGUUCACUGUGUGAAUGUGUCCUCCACUCGCUAUAGUCACAUGACAUGUCCGAAGUAAUCGCCAGAGUUGUGCUGGCAGUGCUUCAGACAGACUCCGCCAUUACAAGCAAACUUGACAACAUGUCUGAUGCCUCCAGACUUUCCAGUCCAUUUGGACCAGUGAUGAAAUAUUUAUGCAAUCUUUUCCACGAUAACAUAACAUGCAUGUUAUGUCAGUGUUUUCACGUCAAAGUUUUGUGAAUCAACACAGAUGAAUUUGUAAUAAUGAUAUUACUCUGAAUAGUUAAUUGUUGAUUUUGGUAUUUUCAACAUCUGCAUAUAUGAAGUUAUUACACAGAUCAUGUAUGAGUUGUGAUUUCUGUAUGCUGUAUAUAGGCCCCCAGUUGAGAGAAUGUCUGUAAAUAAAUAGUGCGUUUAU